UAUGAAAAGCAGCAGACAUCCAAUGGUAAUUGCGAGCAGUUCGCCUUUGAAUGUUUCAAGAUCAGGCGCAAGCACCAGCUUAAACACAACACCACAAGCGCAACCUGAAAUGGUGGAGCGAAAUAAUAACAACAACUCACUCUCUUACAGAAAACCGCUGAAGCGACACAACCCUGUGCAGACAUCGGCAGCAGCCGCACCCCCCUUUCCGAAAUUGGCAGUCCCAACUGGGGGAGUAGCAAGGACACUGUCAUCGCUGAGUUCGGGUAUUAAAGAUGCGAGUCCACUGAAGCGAUCUAGAGAAGAUUCAUCGUCUCGAUCAUACCUGUCCCAAACUGAAAUUGCUCUGCGAGAUCAUACUAAAUAUGAAAGGGACACUAAUCGGCUGCCGUCUGGGCUUGGGCGAAGUGCAAACCAAAGGAAACCUUUCGGACAAACUUUUGUGCCUGUCAAAAGGUCGCCCUCAAAGCUGAGGCCAAAUCUGCACAAUAAGCCACCCGUGGCCACGAAAACACCAUUUGGAGAACAAGUACCCGCAGAUGUUGAGACUUUCAGUGACUGGGGGCGACCACGUCCAGCAGGGCAGCAGGACAACAAAGGGCCGGUAACUGACCAGUCAAACGUGCCUAAGGCGACCUUAGUUCCUCCUGUCGGAAUCCAAGCAGUUCCAAGACUGGGAGCGCCGCCUUCAACGGUGCCGGAUAUACUGGCAGAGAGAAAUCGAAGGUCUCAAGAACCACCCAUGCAUAAAGAUCUUCAGUCUCCGGUUGAUGAACUUGGACCUUCUAGGAGUUAUCCGGAAAGCGAAUUAAGGAGACAAAAUUUCGGGAAACCUCCGCAUUCGGCAAAUGAAACCCGUGAUUUCAGAAAUGGACCUAGGGAUUGGUUGAAUAGUAAAACAGAAGAUCUAGAACCAUCUAAUGAUUCCAAGAGUUUCUGGAAUAAUGACAGGCGAGGAGGUUUCAGAGGGAAUUCGAGGUGGGGUGAUAAUAAUAAAGGGCAUUUCAAUGACCGGCAGCAACAUUUUGAUGGUAGAAACGAAAUACGUGAUCAAUUCAGUAACGGAAGAGAUCAGUUUGACAAUAGGCAUGAUCAAAACGACAGAAGAAACGAUUUUCAAAGCGAGCGAAGACGUGAAAACGAGAACUUUCCACGUGGGCGUGAUAAUCAUUUCAGACGCGAUUGUGAUCGAAAUUCAUGGCAGUCUGAUCGAAUGCGAUCAAAUGAAAGACUUGAAGAUCGAGGAUGGUUGGAUCCUGCGACUGAAAGGGAAGCCAACAACUCAUUCGAAGCAAACUCUUUUGGAGCGAGAAGUGCCAGUCGCAAUGCUGAUGUAUGGACAGGCGGUGAUAACCAUCGCGAAAGAAGAGGGGAAUUUGUUCCGAGGGAUGAAAACAGAUUUCUUCGAAUGAAUGAAGAUGUAAAUCGAGAAAAGUUUUCGCAGUUUGAAGAAAGCUGGAACAGUGGAAGAGGCAACCAAACACAUUCUAAUGUACAUCGUAUAAGUCAGAAUUCGUUUGGUGCCUCGCCAUUUAACAGUUUUGGGCAAGCAGCCCCCCAGCGCUCGGAUCAGAGAAACGAAGUGGUAGCGGACGAUGGCAAAGAAAUAAUCAUCGGCAAACACAUGUCCUCAAUGAAAGAUAACAAUAUCGCGGACACCAAUCAGCAGGCGACUCCUUAUGACCGGUUUCACAGUCAGCAGAAUACAAAUGUCGGGUAUAUGCAGCAACCGCCACCUCAACUUUAUCAGCCAAACUCGGCGCCAACUGGUUUUGGGGCUCAGGUUGGUCAAAACAAUGCUCCGGUUGGAUACACUCCUGGAUCUUUCCAUCAAAGCCAAACGAGUAAUUCUAAUACUUACCCCAUGGCACCUAAUAGUCUGGCAUCUGUUGGUGGUCUUACGAAUAACAUUCAGGCACCACCACUACAUCAGCAGAGCAUCGCUCAGCCAGGGUUCCCAUACGGUCAGACGCAGUACCAAACUUACCCCCCUACUAGUUUCCAGCAGAUGCCAAACCCCACUCAAAGUUAUGCUGGAAUGCCUCAAAGCUUCACGAUGCAACCUCCGACAAUUGCAGCAGCUCCGUCUUCCUUCUCUUCUGCACCAAGUAUAGGCCACACCUCGACUACGCAUGCUACGGCAUUGCAAACAUCAGUUCAAGGAGGCAUGUUGGCAGGCCAACCGUCUCCACAGCAAGUCCAAGGACAGUUAAGCCAACAAACGACGCAACAAUUGAACCCACUGGUUGCGCCUCAAAUGAACUCUCAGAACGUACCUGGUUGCACGCCUGAACAGUUGAAAGAGUAUCAAAAACAAUGGGACGAGUACAAAGUGAAAUACGAGAAGUAUCAAAAGGAACUAGCCGAGUAUAACCAACAGAUGCAGCAGAUUUAUGCCCAGUCGGGACAAACUCCAGCUAACCAGCAACCGACUCAAGUGUCUAAUCCUAUUGCUGCUCCUAGCUUUGCUAAUCAAGCACUAGUGGGAGGAGUUCCGGCAAAUCCGAUGGUUGGCGCUCAACCAACCCCUCAAACCCCGAGUAUCCCUGGGACUCCGACAAUGUCAAACUUCGGUAACAAUCAAGCCAUGGCCUUUAUGUACUCAUACCAGCAGCAGCAACCUCAAAUGAGUCAGCAAGGUGUAGCUAUGAGUGCGACCUCAAUGAAUGGGCAAACACCUUCGUACCCAACUGGUUUUUACCCGCAACAGUCAGUGGCAGGCAUAUCUGCCGCAGUUUCAAUGCCACCGUGGAUGUCUACGGCGAUUCAGAAGUAAAGUCACAAUUCAAAACCAGAACAACCUCCAUUUUCCAUUCUUCAACACCUGAGCAGCCUUAUUAGUUCCUGGUCUCGAUUGCUUACUAUGUUAUUUACUUCGUUUUAAGUAUGAGCAUUACCAAAAAACAGCAGUGCUUUUCUUCACAAGAAUGGACCUGGCCGAAUCUCGAAAAGUAAUCGCUUCUUCACCUUUUUCCUGAUGCUGCUGAUUCCGAGUAUUGUUACUUUAAUGUACACCGUGCCCAAUCACUGGUACGCCGACUGUUUGCUCUACAAAGGAGAGCCUCAGAAAAAUGUUCUCGUGUUCAAAAAGCCGCCCAACGAGAUCAAUGAGAACCCAGAGGGCAUAUCGGAUUCGAAGAUCCACAAGAUAGCAGACAGACAAGGAAGUUGCCUAGGAACGUCCGAUAUGUUCUGUUCGACUCUAAGUGAGAAGAGCAACAGCUAUGACGACAGUGUCCAGUAUACUCUUGCAUGUUACUGUACAGAGAGGGUGGACCUGGUUGACCUUUGGGAUCCCGGACUGGUCCCACGUGACCCAAUUCAAGAGUAUUUCAAGCUCAAUGAGUCCAAUGAGGAAGAUGCGGCAAUUGAUGGUUUGACUCAACUAAUCACAACUUCAACCAAUGAACGAAGAAAUUCGCUCUUUCUUGUGAGUGACCAUUACUUGACAAAUCGGCUGAUGAUUUGGACUUGGAGACAACUGGUUCCUGAAGUAGCUUAUUCUGUGUUUAGAAGCAGUGAUUCUGUUUGAUUUUAGGUGGAGAAUGAAUCUCGUUUCACAGGUGCGAUUCAGUUUACCCCCUAUUGCAACCAACGGCAAUAUCAUUUGAAACAUAUUGCCAGGACAAAAAACUUUGAGGAGAGGACUUCAAAUUGAGCAAUACUAGAUUCAACAAAUACAAACUUUUUUCAAGCUAGUUUCGAAGCGAAAUUCAAUCACCGGAGCAGACAACAACUGGUAUAUUCCGACAAAAAACUGUUUGACAAACUGGUUGCUUUUUUAAUUGGAAGAAGCGAAAGUAACUUGGAGCUCAAAGUUUUGAUAUUUUACAUUUUAUGCAGAAGUAGUUUCAACUUGAUAAAUGUCUUGAUGUUUUUCGGAUAGAAAGUUCGAUGUCACUCAUUUUAACUGCAGACUUACUGAUUUGAUGAAGUAUUCGUGCAAUAAUUUGAUUUGUUCUCAUAUACAAUUGACGUUCUCUGCCUAAACCAUAAUCUCACAAACCGACUGAAAUAACUAUUGCUUUGCUGUCUGUUCAAAUGACUGUUUUUCAAUUAAAUCGAUUCUCAAUUUAAUGUCCCUCUUUC